AUGGAGAACCAGGCAGUGGAGCCGCAGAACUAUGAAGAUGUACAGAAGAGCGGCUACCUCCGCAAGCAUAAAUCAAUGCACCGGCGGUUCUUCGUGCUGAGGGCGGCCUCGGAGCAUGGUCCCCCUCGGCUCGAGUAUUACGAGAACGAGAAGAAAUUCCGCAGUAAAUCACCUGUGCCCAAGAAAGUCCUGAACCUGGAGACCUGCUUCAACAUCAACAAGCGGGCGGAUUCCAAGAACAAGCACAUGAUAGUCCUUUAUACCCGCAGCGAGAGCUUUGCCAUCGCUGCGGACAGCGAGGAGGUCCAAGACGAGUGGUACCAAGCGAUGCUGGACCUCCAGGGCAACUGUAAAACUCCUGAAGACUAUGGCAGUAGUGGAGAGUGUAGCUCUCCGUCUCCUGUUCCGACCUUCAAGGAAGUAUGGCAGGUCAAGGUUUGGCCUAAAGGUCUUGGGCAUGCCAGGAAUUUAGUGGGCAUCUACCGGCUGUGCCUCACUGACAAGACAGUCAACUUUGUCAAACUCAACUCUGACGUGGCAUCCGUGGUGUUGCAGCUGAUGAACGUUCGCAGGUGCGGCCAUUCAGAGAAUUUCUUCUUCAUCGAGGUGGGCCGCUCUGCGAUCACCGGCCCUGGAGAGUUCUGGAUGCAGGUGGAUGACUCGGUGGUGGCUCAACACAUGCACGAGACCCUGCUGGAGGCCAUGAAGGCCCUGAGUGAGGAGUUCCGUCAGCGCAGUAAAUCUCAGUCUGUGGGGACGUCCUGUGGGGGUGGUACCGCUUCAAACCCCAUCAGCGUCCCGAGCCGUCGACACCAUCCAAAUCUGCCACCCAGCCAGGUGGGCUUCUCCAGACGAGCCCGCACGGAGACCCCUGGAACAGGAGGCAGCAGCACGAGUACCUCACCUACAUCGCGCCAUGGAUUCCCGAGGGCACGGACUGCCAGCAUCGGGGCCAGGUCGGAGGAGGGCGGAGCAAGUGCCAAGGGAACAUGGGCCAGCUCCAGCCCAAGUCUUAACGGUUCCUGCUCAACCACGCCGACUCUGAGGCCCAAGCCCACCAGGGCCCCAACUCCUGCUAAGAUUACCCUCAGCCUUGCACGUUACACGCCUAACCCUGCUCCUUCACCGGCACCAAGCCUGUCCUCCAGCUCUGGCCAUGGCUCAGAGUGUGGCCUAGUGGGGGCGGCGGUGGGAGGCAUGACGAUCUGCUCCUACCCUCGAGUUUCUCAGAGGGUUUCCGUUUCAGGUUCACCGAGUGACUAUGGCUCCUCAGAUGAAUAUGGCUCCAGUCCUGGGGAACACUCUCUGCUCGUACCCAGUCUGUCUGGACAUCACAUACACGGAGAAGGCUCCUCCAGCUAUAUCGUGAUGGGACAGCGAGAGGGCCUCCUUGGUUCCCAUCAUCGCUCAAAAGGCCGACGGAUUUUGCGCCGCUCGUCCAACAGGGAUACGGAGGCAGAACGCAGACUGUUAAGUAAAAGGGCUUCUCUGCCUUUGGCAGCCCAUGAACGACUGACCCCACAGAGAAAAGACGAAGAUGAUGAAGACGAUGAAGAAUAUGCCAUCAUGUCGCAGAGUGCUAAUCGAGAGAGGGCUGGCUCAGGGGGUUUGGCAGCUGGGGGUGGGCAGCUUGACGCAGGAGGGAAAAAAAGAGGCAAGAGGACUGACAAAAGCAGACGAGAAGUGGAAGGUGGAGCAGCCGUGGACAGUGGCUACAUGUCAAUGUUGCCUGGAGUCACUUCUCCUCCUGUUUCACUCUCUCUCUCAAUAGGUAUGUCCGACACCAGAGCUAAACCGGGGGCAGAUGAUGAGUAUAUGGCCAUGACCCCCAACAGCAGCGUGUCCCCGCCUCAGCACAUCUGCCAGCCCAGCACAGAGGGCUACAUGGUCAUGUCCCCCAACAGCAGCAGCUCCACGGACCUGCACGGACUGGGCAUGUGGGACAGCGGGGCCGGCAUGGAGAGCCGGGCUGCCAGCGACUACAUGAACAUCUCACCGGUCUGCAGCCGCUCCGCCUGCAGCACACCGCCUUCCCACCCCGAACAGCACCAACUGCAACCAAAAAUGUUCAAUUCCUACUUCUCCCUGCCAAGAGCUUAUCAACAUACGCUCUAUACUCGCUUCGAGGAUGACUUAAACAAUGGGGAGGGAAAAAAGGACAGCAGUGGGCUUGACAGUGCUGGAAGGGGAGGGGGAGUGGGUUACAGCAAGAGAAACAAAAUUGCGGCAAGCUCUGCAGGAGGCUGUCAGCUCUCCAUGUCUUCCUCUUCCUUCUCCUCCAGCUCAGCCAGCAGUGAGAGCCUGGAAGACAAGUCCAUAUCAGCAGGGAGAGGGUUGAGUUUGGUAAGGACUGGGACAGAGUACAAGUUUGCGGGAACUUGUGCAAAAGAUGGGCGCCAUCAUCAAAAACGUGGAUCAAGUAGUAAGAGCCCAAAGCAACAAAGGAGGGGUCGUCCCCUCAGCGUGUCUUCAGACAUUAUAAAAGCAAAUACCCUUCCCAGGGUGAAGGAGAAUCUGCUGCCAUCAGUGUCACAAAAUGUCGGUGAGUAUGUCAGUAUUGUGUUCAAGGAGGACAAUAAGUAUGGCGGCGGACGACGUUCGGGGUCUGAACGCAGACAACCUGUGAUCCACGGAACCCUCCGGCCUUUGAAUCAACCCCUCCUCUGCCACGAUAAUCCCGCUAACCUUCCUCGCAGCUUCUCUGCUCCGUUGUCCACCUCCGCCGAAUACGUCAGCAUGGAUUUAGGGAAGUCCUCGGCGCCCCUGACUCCCGUUAGAUCCACAUUCAGCACCCCACAGGGCCCACCAGCUGUCGCCCCCAAGGCCCGGCAUGAACACAGCACGUCCUCUCCGCAGGCAGCAGAGGGCAAUGCCGGGCACAGAGCAAAAGCAAAGAUGGCAGCAAUGCCGACAGACGCCCCUUCUCCAUUCAUGGACAACAAAGGUUCAGAUCCCAGCAUUUCAGCAAGACCUGCCACCCGCUCUGGUCAACCGUCAUCCCUGGAGCAGGAGACGGGCUUGGGAUUCUCCCCAGUCAAGUCCUACAAGUCUCCUGAGCGAAGCGGCAGAUUGGCCCGAGGUGACUCACAGGGACGGCAGGGCCACCGUUCAGAGACAUUUAACUCACCUCCCUCCCACCCACGCCACCCACCCACUUCUACCUCCAUCUUCCCGGAGGGCAGCCAGGCGGCGAGCCAUCGGCAUGGUUUGGAUUGCUCUCUGUGGGAGAACAGGCAGGCGGCUAGUUUAUCUGGCACCCCUCCACCACAAGCCUCCACCUCAUCUGCUGAACCAGGCCUUAACUAUAUUGACCUUGAACUGGCCAUUAAGGAGAGCCCUCAAGCCGGAGUGGAACGCACCUCUGCCGCCUACAACCUCGGAGGAAGCGCCAUGGGCAGCAGUGCUGGCUCCAGCCUCAACACGUAUGCCAGUAUUGAUUUCUAUAAGUCAGAAGAACUGAGAGCACACCAGAGCAGUAGAAAGGAUGGUCAAGCUUCAAGCUUUAGGGCAGCGCUGUGUUUCCAGGCUGUGGGUUGCCUGUAG